AUGAAAACAAUCUCAGAAAACAAGUCAUUUGUUCAACACAUCAAACAAAAACAAGACGAAUUCAAAAAAACCCUUCAAUUCCCUGCCAAAAAAGAACCACUCCUCCUCCAAUAACCUAAUUUUACCUCGCUCACAUCACCUAAUCAACGAAGAGAACAAACACCCAAUCAGAGAAAAGCCAAAAUUGAAAGUACUCAUCCCUUGUAAAUAGGCGAAAACUCAUGCUCUCCUACUCUCUUUCGCACUCCACAAAUCAGUUUACAUCAUGAAUACAACAAGAAGGGUGCUCAUUAAAGAUAACCUAGUCACAAUAGAAGUCGCAAUGAAAAUAUCUCCACUAUCAAAGAAAGAAGAGAACAUAAUGCCGACUCUGUUACUAGGGAUUACUCCAAAGUCUUAGAAGAAGUUAUGAAAAAAUAUCGCCUCCUCAAAACAGAAUUAGUUACUAAAGACAAAGAAGUCCAAAAAACACAAUUCUAUAAAGACGAAUGGCUUAAAGAAAAGGUAUGCACUCAUUCUAUCUAGAAACGCAAUGAAAUCAUCUAAGAGAGAAACAAGAAUUUGAAAAUGAAAUUGCUCAAAAUCAUGGAACUAGUCCAAUAAGAUUAAUUACAAUCAAAUUUUGAAUCUGAGGGUAUCAUAGCUGGUCUUUAGACAGAAAAUAAAUAUUUACGUUAGAUGUUGCAUUUAUAUGAUGUUACUGAUGUUUCUGAAUAACUCUAAUAACUCGAAAGCGAACAAGAUCAUGAGGUUGAUUAAAUAGACAACAUACUUAAUGUAUUCUUAGGUGAUCUUAGAACCAUUGAGAAAAAUAGAAAAGAAAAGAAAGACAACUCAUAACAAGGUUUUUAUUUACAAUCAUCUUUAGCCCAAUUUAAUUCCUUAUCCUUAACAGUACUUAACAAGCAAUCCAGUUUAGUUGAUUUAUCAGAAGAUAAAUUGUUAAUGGAAUAAUAAUGA